AUGGAAAGUUUGUACUCUUUAUUAUCAUAGAUUCUAUUGAUUACAACAUCUGUUAUUUUAUUGAUAUCUAUGACAAUUGCUUUAAGAAAGAUAAUGAAAGACGUCAAUGAUAUAUUAGAUUCAACUGAUAAACUUAUAUUCUUUAUUGCUGCAUUUCAAUGUACUAAAUCUUGAAAUUUAGAGUUAUUGUUAUUAGGUUUCUUAAUUUAAUAGUAUACAAUGUUCCUAAGUGGAUUACGCAUACUCAGAAUGCUCUAAGACUUAAUGUUAUUAAAUUGUUUAAUCAAAUUAGAUAGUGAUAAUGAGCAAUGUUUAGUAACUAUAAAUAUUAUAUAGCUAAUCAGAAAAUUGUAGAUAAAAUUUCAAAGCUCAUUUCAUUGAUUUUUUUAUCAAUUUGGUGCUUCAUUAUUUUUUUGGAAGGUUUUAAUUCACAUUUUUAAUGUGAUCAAUAAAUAUGGAUGCUACUUUCUGGAUUUCUAUUUCUCACAAAUGUCAUUUAAUUAUAUUUUGGACUCAAUAUUUUAAUUUAAAUCUAAAAAUACUGUCAAGAUUCAAGUAAUCAACAUAUGUUUGAUGGUUUGCAUAAAAUUAUGAUGGAUGAAUUAUAAAAUAGGAAAGUAUAAGUUAUUGUCUUUGUCCUUUGUAGCAUCAGUUCAUCUAUUGUCAUGCUAUUGUAUGAUUAUACUAAUUUUAAUGAAUUGAACCCUAUAAUAUGUCUUCAAAAAACUAAUGUUACUCAAAUUCUUAUUUAUAUUGCUGUCAUUUUUGUCUCAUAUUAACUACCAUGUCUAGGAAUAUACUAUGUGUUUUAUCAUAAGAAUAAAAAGUAUUUGAAUAAUCAUAAUUGGGAAAUGCAAAGAAAUAUUGUUAAUUUCUAUGAUGAAAGAAGUGAAAUUGAAUUGGGAGAUUAUUAAAACUCGUAAUGA